ACAACAACAAUAACAACAUAAAAUUGGUGUUUGGUUUCUCCUUUGAUGUUUUUCAGAGAAUAGAGAAGAAAGAAUAUCACGACAGAAUACAAUGAUCCCGCAGCAGUGGGCGUCUCCAUGCGGAAACCAAUGCACCAAUAAAUACGCAGCCCUAACCAAACUCCCAUGGAGGGUGUUCUGCAAAAAAGGCUGCAAUUCAGAUGGAGAUACAUGGGAGGAAUGUUUGGAGGACUGCAAUCAACUGUGCUACAAAGAUCCUGUAUUUAAGGACCAGCAGUGGAGUGCUUAUAUUGAUCGCUCUCCUGGAUCUGCCAGUUAUUCAGAGGAAUGUUUCCAUGCUUGUGUAUCUGGCUGCGGUUACAAGUUUGAAGUUAAAGCAGAUGAGGUUGAUAAAGUCUCUCCUAAUAGGCCAUCGAAGCCCGAGCCUGUGAAGCAGAAGCCAAAACCUGUAGACCCCAUUGACCCGCCAGAUAUGCGUGACACUUCUGCAUAGUUUUAAAGACAACCUAAGCAUACAAGAAAACAAGAAGAAUGUGUUCUGAAGAAAAUAUUUUUUGUUUUUACUUUUAAUUAUAAAAUGUCACUUUAUUUUCAUUUUGUUUCUUAUUUCAAAUUUUUGGACAAAAAAUUAUGAAAUGAACUGAAAUAAGUGAUAGUUUUACAAUUAGAAGUAAAACUAGAAAAUUAAAACAUAAUUUUUUUUUCAAGAGGCUCUUAAUUAUUUUUUAUUUGCCAUACUCUUGCAGGAAAUUAUGUGUUUUUUUUUUCCAUCUUAGUUCAUGCUUUUUAUCAACAUAAUUAAGGUCCAUUUUGUAGGCAACACUGCAAUGGCAUGAUUUAUGUUUUUUGGUAUUCCUUUUUGCCUUGGGAUAGCGGAAUGUAACCCGAGAACAUUGAAAUUUUUUGUAGUUGGAUUAGAGUGUAACACUGGCUGCCAUGAAUUUUAUUAUAGAAAGUUGCAGACUUAGAUAUCCAUUUCCAAUCCAA